AUGGCGUGUUAUAUAGAAACUGCUGCUAGGUUUCCCGGUAGGUUUUGCACGACGGUCGUCUGCGAGGUAUGUGACAAAGAGUUUGCUCGUAAGUUCAACCUCGAUCGUCAUCAAGAAAGAAAACACCGAGACGAGUCAGCUGUGACCUCGGAGGAAGUCGUCGUAGAGCGGGAUGUUUUUGACGACGACUCCGACAUGUCUUAUGAACAUGAGUUGGACGCGCUUGAUUCAUCGGCCGACGAGGAAGGAAGUGACAUCGAUGACGAAGAUGAGGACUCAGACAUGUCACAAGAUGAAAUAAAUGUCUCAGACGAAGAUGAGACCGUUGUGGACUCUGAGGAGGCAGAGUCAGUGACAGAAACCGACAGCGAUCAGAGUGAUUCUGAGAGUUAUGCAAGCUCGGACGUGUCUUCCGACCCAGCUUCACCUGAUGACAAUGAAGAGUACGGCUACGACAGCGGUGACGAGGAAGAAGAGUGGACGCUCUUUCGAGACUGGACCAUUCGACUCACUCAAGAACCAGGCGAUGUCCCCCAACGCGUGAUCAAGGAGACAAAACACGCUGGAAGAAGAUUCUACCUCUUUGCUGCGUUGCCUCGUUACAGUUACAAGAUCGAAUACAGCAAGAACUGGGUCUCGGAACAGACAUUAAUGAAAAAAUAUGGUUACCUCGUUCUGAAGUAAUACAGCAGUAGCGGCGUCAUACCAUUGACAGUA